GAUAUAAGCGAGUACGUUUAGUUGGGUGUUCACAAGUUGUCGAGCCAUCGUCGUGCACGGGUAAAUACGCCUUUGCUCGCGCAACGAUCGUCGCGAUCUCUGCAUUCCGCAACAGAGAGACGGCACACGCGCACCGCCCGGUCCGUCGCGUCGUCGUGAGUCAUUGUUAUGUUGACAGCCGUAGCGGGCGGUAGUCGGCUACCUCGUGCACGGUGGUGCUUGUUGUUACCGCGGUAAAUCGUACCAAACGUCAGAUACCGACGUGUCUUCUACGUCGAUUCCAGAUCAACCAAGUGCCGUCGGUAGUUGUGCGCGAUAUACCGAGUGUCGCAAAACGUGCUCGUGAAGUACAAGGAGACCCAAUCACCGUUGCUGGAUUUUUGCGUAUAGUCGCGCGCGCGGUUAUAUAAUCGCCGCAGCGCGGAGCAAAGUGUUUGCAAGAGUUGACGUAGACAGAAAGAGAGAGAGAGACAGAGAGAGAGAGAGAGAGAGACAGAGAGAGAGAGAGAGAGAAAGAGAAAGAAAGAGCGAAAGAAGGAAGAGGAGAAACAAGAAAGAAGGUAGAUAACAUCAUCGCCUACACUUAUGUGUAGUUUAAAAUAACGUGUACAUAUUUAAAUAUAUAUACUGAAGAGUAGGAAGUUUUGGAUAUACGGAAACUGCAAGAAAGUUUUUCGUUUGUAGCUUUUCGGAUCCGAUAAGCGAGCCGCGGAGACCGCUCGCUCCGGAGGCGAAAAGCGACGGUCGUUAACGAGGGAGAACCUCGGUAUUCCAUCGAGCGACUAGUUUAUCAGACCGGCGGUAUCCAUGGUGCGAAGCCUGACGAUGGAGCCGACGUUCUACGAGGACGCGAGCGUUUAUGGCGCGAUGAACGGUCGCGAGAACAGCAUGGGCCAGCUUAAGCGGAAUCUCACGCUCGAUCUGAACGGCUGCCAGAGGCAGGGACCUCAGGCGAAAAGGCCGCGAUUGGGCCCGCUGACACCCGCGCUCAACAACGUCACGCCGAUCCUGAGCUCGCCGGAUCUCAACUUGCUGAAGCUGGCCUCGCCUGAGCUGGAGAAGUUCAUCAUGACACAGUCGGACAGUCUGGUCACCGGUCUCCCAACGCCUACCACCCAGAUUCUGUUCCCUAAGACGGUCACCGAGGCUCAGGAAUUGUACGCGCGCGGCUUCGUCGAUGCGCUCAAUGAGCUACAUCACUCCGACAGUUCGCAGGAACCCGGUAGCAUGCACGGCGCGACUUAUACAACUCUGGAGCCGCCUAGUAGCGUGCAGAGCACAGAAUCCACCAUGAGCAAUCCGAAUCUGGUGCACGUGAAGGACGAGCCGCAGACGGUACCGAGCGUAUCCAGCACACCGCCGAUGUCGCCGAUUGAUAUGGAGAACCAAGAGAAGAUCAAGCUGGAGAGGAAACGACAGAGGAAUCGCGUGGCCGCCUCCAAGUGCCGACGGCGCAAACUCGAGCGCAUCUCCAGGCUCGAGGACAAGGUCAAACUGCUCAAGGGCGAGAACAGCGAGCUAAGUAACAUCGUGCACAAGCUCAAAGAACACGUGUGCCGACUCAAGGAGCAGGUUAUGGACCACGUGAAUGCCGGCUGUCACAUCGUGCCUGGCCAAUACUGAAGUUUCUCAACCCCCCCAUUCCCUGUCCCAGGGAUGAAACUGCGAAUGUUAAUGCUCGCUCCUUUUUCGAUCACUCUCUCGCCGGAUCCGCUACCGUGCUCUUCACCAUCAUCAUCUUGCCUUUCGUAGUUCCACCAAGGAACGGACAUUGAACUUUCGCAACAGCUGUUAAUCAUCGUUCGGAUUCGUUCUUCCGCGACUGUAAUCGGGAAGAAUUUCCACUAUGUGGAUACGGGCCUAUAUUUCGCAUAUGAAAAUGUUCUCUCUCUUUAUUUCAACCUCAACAAAAUGUAGAAUAGAUUCCUUUCCUUUAAUAUGAGAAAGGAACUAAACAGUUCUACAAAAAGCAAAGUCUAUCUCUGUCUGCUGAUAUUGCUAAUGGAAAAGUUCGGGACACACACACACACAGAGGAAACGCUAUCUUUAAAAAAAAAAGACAGAGUGUCUCCAUUGCCAUUCCGGAAAGAACCUUCGUAAAAGAAAGAGGAGAGGAGGAAAGAAGUCAGUCUAUGGUCUACCACGUUUACAGUUUUGUCUUAAUUCUUUUGUGACAUGACUGGGAGGAGACACCAUCGCGCGACGGAACAGCAAGCAGCAGGCGGAGCGGGAGAAGGAGGUGACGGUCAAAGUGGAGAAGGAGGAAGGAGUGCCUUCGUACAGACGUGAAACGUAAAGAAUGCUUUUAGAGAAGAGUGGCGGGCGUGCGCGCGUGCGUGUUUUGCGCAUGCGAGAGACUUUAUACGCACGAACACGCUCGACGAAUGCGUGCGUGCGUGCGUGCAUGAUGAGAGGAAGAAAGAGCGAGAGAGCUGUGUAU